AUGGCGUUGCAGUGUUUAGCUGAAGGCUUUCCAGAGGAAGAUCUUGUGACUAAGUUGCCUGGACAACCCGAAGUUGCAUUCAGACAGUACGCUGGUUAUGUCGAUAUCGAUGUUAAAGCUGGUCGGAGUCUCUUCUAUUACUUUGUUGAAGCUGAGAAGGAACCACACACUAAGCCUUUAACCCUUUGGCUCAAUGGAGGACCAGGCUGUUCUUCCAUUGGAGGAGGAGCUUUCACAGAGUUGGGUCCAUUUUACCCUACUGGUAAUGGUCUUGGCCUCAGAAGAAAUCCAAAAUCUUGGAACAAAGCCUCAAAUCUGUUGUUUGUGGAUUCACCGGCUGGAGUAGGAUGGUCUUAUUCCAACACAACUUCUGAUUACAACACUGGCGAUGAAAAAACCGCCAAGGAUAUGCUGAUGUUCAUGUUAAGAUGGCUAGAGAAAUUUCCACAAUUCAAGACUCGAAACCUCUUCCUCGCGGGCGAAAGCUAUGCAGGACACUAUGUACCUCAACUAGCUGAUGUAAUACUCGAAUACAACACACGACAGUCAAAUAGAUUCAAGUUCAAUCUCAAAGGCAUUGCAAUCGGGAAUCCGCUUUUGAAGCUUGACCGGGAUGUUCCAGCAAUAUUUGAGUUCUUUUGGUCACAUGGUAUGAUCUCUGAUGAACUUGGCGCCACUAUCAAGAACCAAUGUGACUUUGAAGAUUACUCAUUCUCAAGGACACACAAUAUAAGCAAACCCUGCGAAACCGCAAUGAAUGAAGCUGGAACCAUCAUCACUCAAUAUAUCAAUUACUACGAUAUCCUCCUCGAUAUUUGCUACCCGUCCCUCGUCGAGCAAGAGCUCAGGCUCAAGAAAAUGGGUACAAAGAUGAGUAAUGGGGUGGACGUGUGCAUGAGCUAUGAAGAGCAAAUAUAUUUAACACUACCUGAAGUUCAAAAGGCUCUUCAUGCUAAUAGAACUCAACUUCCAUAUGAAUGGUCUAUCUGUAGCAGUCUCGUGAACUACAAUUACAAUGAUGGGAGCACCAAUAUACUUCCAAUUCUUAAGAGAAUCGUGAAGAGUAAAGUCCCUGUUUGGGUCUUCAGUGGGGAUGAAGAUUCUGUGAUUCCACUUUUGGGUUCAAGGACUCUUGUAAAAGAACUUGCAAGUGAUCUCAACUUUAACACCACAGUUCCCUAUGGAGCUUGGUUCCACAAAGGACAGGUUGGCGGAUGGGUGAUAGAGUAUGGGAAUCUACUGACAUUCGCAACGGUGAGAGGAGCGGCUCAUAUGGUACCGUACGCGCAGCCCUCACGAGCUUUACAUUUGUUCACCAGCUUUGUGCUUGGCCGGAGAUUACCACACAAAUCGCCUCCUGCUCUUCAUGAUUAAAUCAAAAGGAGAAGAAGACUUCUCCUUUUUUUUUUUUUUUGCCAUUGGUCAAAAUGGUGCUUUUAAGUUUAUGGGAAAUGUAGUUGCAGUAUUGUUUUCUGUUUCCUUUAGAAAUCAGUCUCGUUGUUUCCUUUGAAAGCAAUUAUUGAAUAACAUUAUGAUAUAUAUGUUGUAGUGUCAUAAACAUUUUAGAA